GAGCCGGGAUCGCGCGCGGGCUGAAAAUCCCGCGCAGCUUCCGCGCAGCCGCCGCGCGCUCCCGGCGCCGCCAAAGGCCAUUUUGGGCCGCUCAGCCACGCCCCCGUGACGGUGACACCGGUGGCACCGGCCCCCAGCGGCCUCGGAGGACCCAGCCUGCGCCCGCCCGCCGCCGAUGAACCCCAUGAACCCCAUGAAACCCUCCCUGCCGCCUGCGCCCCACGGUGAUGGUUCAUUUGCAUAUGAGGCUGUUCCUUGGCAACCGAGCACCAAUCAGACGGCGGGAUCCCUCUCCGUGGUAACCACCGUCUGGGGUGUCAGCAACACCUCCCAGAGCCAGGUUUUUGGCAGCCCCAUGGGUCCGGGGGGGAGCAGCUCCAGCAACCCACUGCUGCCUGGUAUGGCCAGCACCGGCUCAGGGAUGAGCUCACCACCAUUCCUGCCACAGCAGCCCUUUGCCGAGGGGGCACCGGGGAAGGGCUACGUGCAGCCAGGGGUCUACAGCCGCAGCACCUAUCCUGGCGGGCCGGGCUUCGCUGCCGGCUACGCUGGCAGCCCCGGCGGCCCCGGUGGGAUGGGGCUCCCCUCACACGCCAGCCGCCCCCCAGCCGAUUUCACGCAGGCAGCUGCUGCUGCUGCUGUGGCUGCUGCCGCUGCCACAGCCACGGCCACAGCUACGGCGACGGUGGCAGCACUGCAGGAGAAGCAGAGCCAGGAGCUGAGCCAGUAUGGUGCGAUGGGUGCUGGGCAGCCCUUCAGCAGCCAGUUCCUGCCUCAUGCCGGACCCCGUGGCCCUGCCGGCAUGAGCCCGGCUAGCAUGGCAGGUGUCAUGGCUUCCUCCGGCAUCUCCCCUGUGAGCAUGAGCCCUGCACGGGCACCUGGUGUCGGUGCCCUGUAUGGAGGGCAGCGGGUCCCUCAGCACAGUUACCCCGGUCCCACCCCGAGCCAGCAGCUCCCCCGCCAGGGCCUGAAGCGGGCGUACUCCAACGAGGGUUACCCGGCCCAGCAGUACCUCCAGGGCGGGCAGUACGCUGCAGCUGGGGCCCAGUAUGCGCCCAGCACCCCGCAGCCCUCUGCUCCGUCACCCUCCUACCCUGGCCACAGGCUGCAGCAGGGCAUGAGCCAGUACCUCUCCACCUCGGGCAGCGCUGGACCCUAUUACAAGCCGGCUGACCAGUUCAACGGGCAGAACGCUGGCUUUGGCACCUACAGCCAGGCAGCUGUCAAUGGGCCGGGCCGGUCUGUGCCGGGGUACCCCAGCUCGCCGCUGGCUGGGAACCCCACGCCACCCAUGACACCGGGCAGCGGCAUCCCCCCCUAUGUGUCCCCCGGUCAGGAUGUCAAGUCACCCUUCCUGCCAGACAUGAAGCCUGCCGUCACCUCCCUGCACCCGUCCCCCUCGGGGCCGGCGCCCGGUGAGGAGCUGCGGUUGACGUUCCCGGUGCGGGAUGGAGUGGUGCUGGAGCCCUUCCGCCUGCAGCACAACCUGGCCGUCAGCAACCAUGUCUUCCAGCUGCGCGACUCCGUCUACAAGACCCUCAUGAUGAGGCCUGACCUGGAGCUGCAGUUCAAGUGCUACCACCAUGAGGACCGGCAGAUGAACACCAACUGGCCAGCCUCUGUGCAGGUGAGCGUCAACGCCACACCGCUCACCAUUGAGCGCGGCGACAACAAGACCUCCCACAAGCCGCUCUACCUGAAGCACGUCUGCCAGCCUGGCAGGAACACCAUCCAGAUCACCGUCACCGCCUGCUGCUGCUCCCACCUCUUUGUCCUGCAGCUGGUGCACCGGCCCUCGGUGCGCUCAGUGCUGCAGGGUCUCAUCAAGAAGCGCCUGCUCCCUGCUGAGCACUGCAUCACCAAAAUCAAGCGCAACUUCAGCAGUGGGACAAUCCCUGGGACCCCCGGGCCCAAUGGCGAGGAUGGUGUGGAGCAGACAGCCAUCAAGGUGUCCCUCAAGUGUCCCAUCACCUUCCGGAGGAUUCAGCUCCCAGCCAGGGGCCACGACUGCCGGCACAUACAGUGCUUCGACCUGGAGUCCUACCUGCAGCUCAACUGUGAGAGGGGGACAUGGCGGUGUCCUGUCUGCAAUAAAACGGCUCUGCUGGAGGGGCUGGAGGUAGACCAGUAUAUGCUGGGCAUCCUGAUCUAUAUCCAGAACUCGGAGCAUGAGGAGAUCACCAUCGACCCAACCUGCAGCUGGAAACCCGUCCCAGUUAAACCUGACAUCCACAUCAAGGAGGAGCCAGAGGGGCCAGUGCUGAAGCGGUGCCGGACUCUCAGUCCCACGCACAUGGUGCUGCCCAGCAUCAUGGAGAUGAUUGCGGCCCUGGGACCCAGCUCAGCGCCCUUCCCGGCACUGCCGCCAACGCCGGCAGGUGCUGCUGCCGACUAUGCUGCCCCAGGUUCCAGUUUUCCAGGACCUGGAGGCUUCCCAGAGCCAUUCCCUCCUCCCGGCCCCCCAGGCACACCAACGCUGAGUGAUUUCACACCGGGACCCCCCCCCAUCUCCUACCAGUCCAACAUCCCUGGUGGCCUCCUGGCCCCUGAGAAGCCCCCUGGACCCCCUCUCCCCACACAGCUGCCCCCCCCAGGACGGAUGGAGCCGUCCCACCCACCGGUGCAACCAGGACUGCACACCCCUGCUCCAGGCAGCCAGGCAGCACAGCCGCUGCACCACCGGAACGCACCGGCACGGCCCCCCUUGGGGCCCCCCCGCCCAGCACAUGCCACCGACCUCUCCUUCCCCCCCGCGCCCAUGGCUGGGACGGGCGAUGGGUCAGAGCCUGCCCUCGACCUCCUGCCUGAGCUGACGAACCCUGACGAGCUGCUUUCCUACCUGGGCCCCCCCGACCUCCCCAGCAGCAGCAACGAUGACCUCCUCUCCCUCUUCGAGAACAACUGAGCCAUCCUCAACCCCCACUGUGGGACUGGGGGACAGCACUGGUGUGCCCAUGCCUGCCGCAGAGCCAGGACGCCUGCUAACAGGGGGGCUUCCUGGGAGGGUUGUGAUGGGAUGGACGGAGGGACGGGCUCAGCCCUGCCAGAAGCACAAGGCUGUACAUAGUGUAGAAACACUACUGCGUGUCCCCCCCCGUAUUUAAAGGCAAGCGCGUCGUGCGGGCCCUCUAUCAAUGUGCAUAGGCCGCUUCCCCUUGUAACGCCCUGGCGGGGGUGCGGUGUGUGGGGCUCGGGCCCCUCGGCUGCCCCCGUUGUACCGUUACCGUCUCCGUAUCGCUGCCUAUUAAAGGAUUUCGUUUCGGCGGG